AUGGGAUUCUCGCUGCAAGUCGCUUUCCCACGCUGCCACGUAAUGUUUGGUUUCUUUCGCGAAGCCAGUUCAGAACGGCUGCUUCGUCAAUCUGGCCGUCUUGCCGACGAGAGAGGGCACGCAUCGAUUCGUCAUCAAAAGGGCAAUUUGCAAAGUACAACAGGCCUACGAUCACGCUACUAUGGACGGUGCGUGUGGGGCUACCCACCAUGUCAAAUGCAAAGGCCACGCACGGAUUCGAGUCGUGCGGACGUUGUGUUCGUCUCAUCUGCCAGAGGUGCGCAAUCCGCGCCGCUUCCUGCCGCACUUGCGGCAUCCCGACAGAGCUGGCGCAAUACGCCUCUGAUUUGGGCACUGUUAUGUGUUGACGACUCCUGUCAAAUCGAAUGGCGACGACGGCGCGACCAAGUGACGCCACGUUUAACGUUGUGGUCAAAGCAAGCCGUGUUGGGUUUUCAAAAACGUGCACUGUGGGGUACCACAUCACAAAAGCAUCCCGACUGA